AUGUCCGCAUCCCCUCCCAAAAGGAUCUGUCAGGUCAUCAAGCUUAAACCCGAGGCGGAGGAUGAAUAUAUAGCAAUACACAAAACUGUAUGGCCAGAGGUGCUUGCAGCCCUUGAGCGGGCACAUGUCAUCGACUAUUCGAUCCACUACUAUAAGCCACUCCAACUCCUUAUCGCCAAUUUCAAGUACACUGGAAAUGAUUUUGAAAGUGACAUGAAUAAAAUAGCUGAAGAUGAAGAUACAAAGAGGUGGUGGAAAGUGACAGAUGGGAUGCAGGAGAGUUUUGAGGAGGGCGCUACUGGCAGUGGAAAGGAGAUCCCGUGGUGGACCAACAUACCGGAGGUCUUUAGGUUUGAGGGGAACAAUUAG